GCGCCAUUCCUCUACGGUUGGGUCAGACGUUGCUAGGAUUCCGAGCAGUGAGGUCGCCGUUAUUAUUACAGGAAAAAUUGUCAGUCAGUCAGUCAGUCAGUCUCUUUCUACUUCGACUUUUUCCCACACAAAAGUUUUGCUUAUUCCAUCUCACUACUCACUCGGCUUGAUAUCAACAUAGCAAGCGUUGCCACGGCUACGACAAAUAUCAAAGAAGAAGAAACAGAAAGAAACUGGUUUAAAAGAUUGAAGAAGUGUGUCUUGUGGUGUCGGUGUGUGUGUGAUAUCGCCAAGCUUCCCCAUUUCGAGAUUAUUUUGAUUUCUCACAAAUUGUUGUGCGAAAACAAUUUUGGUUUUUUCCUUGGUGGCCAUUGUCACUCUCUUUUUGUGUUUGGUCUAUACUCUUUUGCGUGGAAAAGCCGUUUCACCCCAAAAUUUUUCUUUCUGUCGGCCAUGCUGCCGUUGUCCGAGCCGCCAUUGUAACAACCACCCGGCCCAGUACUUCUUCUCAACCCCCCUUUCCUUUUUUCACCCCUCUGUGCAUGUGUGUGUCCCCCCCUCCUCUCCACCUAUCCACUCCUCCCAACUUAUUCCCCCCUCGCACCACGUGAUUCAUGCACACACUGGGGUAGCUGUUUGAACAUGCUUCUUCUCUGAAGUAAAAAAAAGAAAAUUAUCAUUUUCUUUGUUGAUCGUAUUCAACGGCCCAAGUGAAUCAAACUUAAACAAUAUCUCCCCCCUUUUCGAAGAAACGAUCGUCACAGCCAACAAAAUGUUGAGUGUAGGUAACGCCAAUAUCUUCCCAGCUCAUUUCGGUGGUUUGUCUGCUGCCUUAGCGGCAGGUAUGCCUGUUGUCACUGGAGCCGGUGGACAGUUGGCCGUCGGUCACAUGCCAGGAUCGGCUGCUGCUGCUGCUGCCGCUGCUGCUGCUGCAGCCGCCGUUGCAGCUGGACUCAUGCCCGGAAACGAGAUGAAUUCGCCAUCGCCCGACAUGUUCACAACCGUCAGAACGGGGAUGGAUAGCAAUAGCAACGGUUCUGCCGGCCGCGGAAUGAAAACGGAUGUCGGAAUGAGCGGACUGGCCUUGGAUCAGAGCAGCUCUUCCGGUCGCUCGACUCCGACCGACCUGCCGCACAACAAGCUCUUUGUGGGCGGUCUCAGCUGGCAAACGUCGGCCGACAAGCUGCGCGAGUACUUUGGCCAGUACGGCACCAUUAUCGACGUUCAGGUCCUCAAGGAUCCUCUCACUCAGAGAAGCCGAGGCUUUGGCUUCAUCACCUUCGCCGAAGCGAGCAGCGUGGAUCGCGUGCUGGCCGUCCCUGCGCACACGCUCGACGGCAAGAAGAUCGACCCGAAACACGCGACGCCCAAGAACAAAGGCAAAGCGACGCCUUCAUCCAAGACGAAGAAGGUCUUCGUCGGUGGCGUCAGUCAGGACACGUCGGCCGACGAAGUCAAGGCCUAUUUCAAUCAAUUUGGACGCGUCGAGGAGGCCGUCAUGCUGAUGGACCAGCAGACGAAACGUCACCGCGGAUUCGGAUUCGUCACAUUCGAGAGCGAGGACGUCGUUGAUCGCAUCUGCGAGAUUCACUACCACACCAUCAAGAACAAGAAGGUGGAAUGCAAGAAAGCCCAGCCCAAGGAGGCCAUUCUGGCCUCGACCACAACGGCCCUCCUGGCUGCCAAACGUAGCGUGCUUCUCAAUGGUCUCGGCGUGGCUGGAUUGGCUCCGGGAGUGGCUCACGUUCAACAAUCGGCUGCCGGACAGGGAGCCGCCCAGCAGUUUUUGGCCGCUCAAGCGGCUCAAGUCCAGGCUGCCGUUGCGGCCCAUCAACAGCAGGCCGCUCAGGCUCAGUCGGCCGCUGCUGCCGCUGGCUACGGGAAACUCUUGGCCAGCUAUCCGGCAUUAGCCAGCUACCGCUACAGUCCUUAUUCACUACCCGGCGCUGCCCAGGGUAACGCCCAGGCUGCAGCCGCAGCAGCAGCCGCCGCCGCCGCCGCUGCCGCUUCUUCCGGUCACCACCAUCACCACCACGCCAUGUCGACCGCUUCUCCAGCCGCACAACAGGCGGCCGCCUACCAAGGAUACAGCCUGGCCAACGUGGACAUGUCCAGUUUUCAGGGAGUCGACUGGAGCCAAAUCUACGGAAUGGGAAUGUACGUCUAGCUGUGCCCCCCUUCACUUGACGGCGCAAGAAGUUAAAAAAAAAAGAAAAAAAUUGUGUGGAAAUCGACGACCUUUUUUCUCUCUCCCUUUCUUGUUCUUUUCCUCUUUCUUACCUUAAUCAAAUUUUUUUCAUUUUUCUCAUUUUCUUGUCGAAACCAACGAGCUUCCAGCACCACACCCACAUAAAAAAAAAACCUACAACGACAUUGUUUGUUGUAACUUGUUCAAUUGUGGAGGGAAAACGAGGAGAGACGAGUGAAGUAAUAAGUUGAAAAAGAAAAUAUCACUUGAGCUCCUCAAAAUUGUUUGCGUGUCGGUGUUUAUUAUGAUACCCUCCUCUCUCCCCCCUCCCCCCUCUAUAUAUCUUAAGAAAACUCUUUGUCCUUUCACUUAUUACUUAAUAUCACGUGUCAUAUUGGAGCCGAAUCGUAAAUUGAGCCAGAAAAGAAAGAAGGAGAGUAAUACUAAUAAUGAAAUAAUCAGAAAUCAUUCAACGAGCAAUAUGCGUUUUUAACUUCUAUCGUCUAUGCAGAGCGAGCCAGAUGUUUUUGUCCGUGUUUUGUUUGUUUGUAUGUUUCUCUUCUUUGGAAAAUUUUUUGUUUUCUCGACCCUCAAGAAAAAGAGGAGUAACGUACCGCGCGACCGAUUUGAAAUUUGAAAUUGAAGAAAAUUUAAUUCUUGAAAAAAUUGUGUUUGAAAUGAAAUGAUCCGUCGCUCCUCUUUUUGUUACACAUGUUGGAUCUCAGCCUCCCAUUAUUAAAAUUUUUUUUUGGUUUCUUGAUCGUCACACCCCCCGAGUCCCACCUUUCUCUAAUUCUUGCCAAUUGGACAAUUCAGUUCUUGCCUGCUCCUGAAAAAUCGAGUAAUUGAUCCUUUUUUUGAAAUUUAGGAUCGUUGUCCCCUGAUUCCCCCUCCCAAACAAAAACAAUUGAUUUAGUCGUGUGUUAUAUACGUAUGUUCAUCUCUGGCCCUUUCAAGCAGCUCUUCAUUUCUUUUUUGGGUUUACGUCAAUUCAUUUUUUGUGUGUGAGUGUGUGCCUCGACUACCUCCUUUCUUUUUUGUUGCCAUCUUCGCCAUGAAUUUUGUGUUUGCCCACUUGAUCACGCCCUCGCCCACCCACGACUCCACCUCAUUUUCAAGAUGAUUCUCUAUGCAGGAACAAAAAGAAAAAAAACAUAAUGAAAAGGACUGGAAAAAUCCUUUAUCUUCUCGAUUGUCAUUUCAGUUUAUUUUGCCGUGUGUGUGUGUGUGUGUGUGCGUGUGCUGAUUUAUUAUUCAAUCUUUUGAAUUCACGAAGAGAAGAGCUCCUGCCGCCACCACCACCUCCUCCGACCCAUCAUUUCUUCACAUCACACAACAGUUAAAUGCUCUUCUGAAAAUUUCGGGUCUCCGGAACGUGCCAAAAUAACAAAAACCAGUCCCUCCCCUCCCCCUCUACUCUUCGCACGACGACAUGAUGAAGAAAGAAGACUACUACAGAGAUAAAUCCAUUCCUGAUUUUUCUUUUAAUUAUUAUUGAUAAUUUAAGUUAUUCAUGUGUUUUUUGUGGGUGGGUCUUACCUAAGAAAGAAAACUAAUUUUAUUUUUUAUUUUUUUUUCUGGCGUGAGAAGAUAAAAAGCAGCAACACACACCCCCCGAAAGUUUUUGAUUUCAUUUUGUCAUAUCGAUAGCAAUAAUCGCUGUCUUACCAAGUCAAUGGAAAAAUUGUUGGAAACGAUUGAAAACGUUGGCCGAGUAUAAACAAACAAACAAAAAAUAACAACUUCUUUUCGUUUUUUGAAUUUUCUUUUAGAAAUCAAUUGAUGGAUACGCCCACGCCCCUUUGCAGCUGAUUGUUUUUUCCAUUUCAUUCAAAUGUCUGAUUUGAUUACCAGCUUUUUUUUAUUUGUCCAAUUGGAUUGGAACACUGAAUUUUUCUACUAGGCUUGCUGAUCUAACGUUGGAAGUAGAAAUGUGAAAUGGAAAACAAACACUUGCAAAGGAACGAAUAAUUAAUCGUGUCUGCGAGCAAAAGAAAAACAACACGUCAUUUGAUAAUGAAAAAUUUCUAUUAUCCCCCCCCCCCCAAAGAAAUAUUUGUUUUUCUCCAAAUCUUUCUCUACCCCGAGGGAGGAAAAAAAUCACUUCGCCAUCAUCAUCAAAAUGGUUUUCGGCAAAAAGAUUUUUUUUUAAUAAGAAUAUUCCCUCUUCUCUAUCCUUAAAAACUAUUAACCCCCCCGAAAAAAACCAUCGUCUCCCACAAGCCUCGGUAUAUACUCUGGAGAGAUAAAGAACCUUGUGUGCUUCACUGCAGUAUUCUAUAUUUCACGUCGGGAGUCAUGGACUUUAGCUUCUUCUUCUUCUUUAUUUCCUCCCUAGUUUUCGGUGGUUUCUUCCUCAUUCAGCAGGGCCAAACACACUUGGGAAUUUUGAUUCUUUUUCACCUUUUUCCUUUUAUUGUAUUUUUUCUUUUGGCCCUCUUUCCCCACUAUGAAAGAGCGUGUUUGCCUUCUAUUUCCACCGAUCCCCUGGCCACCCCACAGUCCCGACAUAUGCAGUACUAGUACAUGUAGUUUAGUAGUCUCUUUCUGUUAGACAUUUUCCCUAUUGUGAUGAACAACGCGCCACUGUAGUCUACUUGUGUGUGUCUGUAAAUUUGUCUCUUCACGAAAUCUAGUUCUUUUUUUUUUCGUUUUAUGGGUUUUCCUCUUGUAGUGUCACGAUCAAUUGAAUUUAUCAGUAGAGUAUGGUAUACAUCUCGUGUAACCCGAUGCAUCUCUCUCACAUAAUGAAAGAAUCUCUAGACUUGUCUCUCUAGUAUAAUAUUUCUUUUCCCUAUUUUUUCUUAACGUUCUUGAUUGAUCCAGUAUCUUUUCUCUUGAUUUCUUUCGUGUGUAUGUUUGUGUCUGUGUGUGUGUCUGUGUGUGUGGUGUAGUAGUAGUAGACAUAGCCCUAUACAGCAUAGUAGUGUAGUGUCGGUGUAUAUUCUUCUCGGUCACGCAACACGCCCUUCCUUGUCCCCAUGUUUCUUUUCUCUAUUUUUAUUUUUUACACUGUCGUUGUUUAGUGUAGUCACGCCCGCGAAAUCUUUUGAGCUACUCGACUUGAACCGCAUAACAAGAACAACAUCUUCUCUAUAUUCGGUCGUCGAAUGAAAUUCGAAAAACAACGAUAACAAAUAAACCAAAACACACUGAA